AUGAACGGUGACAAGUUUCCAAAAUAAAAUCCCUCUCAUCGCAUUAAUCUCAUCUAGAUCGCAUUUCUUUAGUCAAUUCUCUAAUUUGAUCUUCAAUUUCACCAUCAAAUAUGCAGAUAUGCAUAUGAAAGUCUGAACUCUGAAGUAUUAAGUGACCAGUUGCAGUAACUACAAAUGGCGAUGAGAAUGGAAGGGUCAAAAAGGAGAUGAAUUCCUUGCUUGGAUGCAAGGUAAUUGAGGGGCCCCAUUUUGAUCUGAUCACCUCGUGUUUUAUCAUGUAGCUUUAUGCACAGUUAGCUUAGCUACUAACUGUUCGACAAAUUUCUUCAACACACAACCACAUCUUUCUAUCUCUUGUUCCCUUUUUUGUCAUUUGAGACUGAAUUCUAUCGUGAUACACUGAUACACAUGCAGCAGGUGGCAUAGAUCAGUUCAAUUUCAGAAAUGGUUUUUUGGUUUUGUUUAGGGUUCAAAUCAAUUUACCCAAUUUACUUGUUAUCAUUCACUAUUUCUGUGAGGAAGAGUGCAGUGAUUGACUGAUCAUUGUGGCGCACCAUAUGUUUGUAAAGGGAAUUGGAUUGGAGCAGUUAAUCAGCCAAACCAUACAUUAACCAAUGACUAUUUAGGGGAGUUGAUCAUCCCAAUGGAAAUGUAGAGAAUAUAAUAAUGGUGAAAAGGGGGAAUUAACAAUAUUAUCUGAAUUCCAUUGACUAUAAGGAGGAGGGGAGAAAGGGGGACCAAACAGUGAAGAGCAAACAAAUUGGAUUUGUAGAUAUUGUUGGAACAGUACAGCUGUAGGGCAAAGAUUUUUGCAGACAGUGUUUUGGGAAUUCGGCUGUGCCUCAUUCUCGAUUCCCUUCUCCCUCUUCCAAUAUUUCACUUUUUUCACACUUUGUUAUGUUAUUUGGGUUUACCAUGCAUAUUUAAUUCAUUUUAAAUUGAAAAGUGAAAAGAGAGUAGAUACAAAAUAGGGGUGGGGGUGGGGUUGGCGUUGGCGUGUAGUGCAGGUGCAAUCCGGCAUAAGCGCCACAAGCAAAGCCAGACGAGACCACACUGACAGACAAAAGAGAAAACUCGCUGCCACACCCAUCUCUCUCUCUCUCUGUGAGAAUCUACACCUCCACUGCGUGUGAAUCUGCCUCGCUCGUGCCACUCCUUCAUUCGGACCGUCUGUAGCAGUAAGGUUGACGCAUACACGCCCUCUAUUAUCUGACAAUAAUGAACGAGAAUGAGCAAGUGGUGCAUUACAUGGACAACAGCUACUAUUACCCUGUCUCUGAGGGUUAUGUUGAUUACUACAGCAGUGCUUCAACAGCCCCUUUGAAUUAUCUUAACUUCGCCCCAAUGAAUGAUCAGGAAUCUAUAUAUUGGUCAAUGCAUAUGAAUUCCUAUAAAUAUGGACAACCCGAUCCAGAGGGUUUCUAUUAUGGACUCUAUGAUGACAAUGACCUUGCUCCAAGAAUGGAUUUUAACAGGAGAGUUUGGGAAUAUUCCUCAAUGGCAACCACAGAAGAUCCUAUAACUGUAGACUUACCACCCGAACAAAGUGUGGUUUCUGAAGUGCAUUCUAUUCCUGAGGAACGUGUGGUUUCUGAAGUGCAUUCGAUUCCUGAGGAAAGAUUACCAAAUGAUCAAGAUGCUGCCAAUGAUGAGGUUGCAUGGCAAGAUGAUAUUAACCCUGAUACCAUGACGUAUGAGGAACUGCUUGAUUUGGGCGAGGCAGUGGGAACUCAGAGUCGAGGACUUUCUCAAGAGCUCAUUGAUCUGCUUCCGACCUCAAAACACAAGUCUGGUGGAAUUUUCUCAAGGAAAAAGUCUGAAGAGAGAUGCGUCAUUUGCCAGAUGCGGUAUAAAAGAGGGGACAGACAAAUCAAUCUACCGUGUAAGCAUGCUUACCACACUCAUUGUGGCUCCAAGUGGCUUAGCAUCAACAAGAUUUCACUUCUUUCCAGACAUGUCCAGUAUGCAACACUGAGGUAUUUGGUGAUGAUCAGCACAAUGAUUUGCCGAAUUGACUGGAAGUUCCAUAGAGAAGGAGCUAUUUAUUGCACAUUUGUGCUCUCUCUCAUACAUAGAAGAGCUUUGCAGAGUGUGUAGUUUAGAAAAUCUAGUUCUAUUUGUCUGAGUGGCAUCCAUUUUUUUUUGUUUCUCUUUUAACGCUAAGACACUGCAAUCCCACCACAGUUCUUUAAAUUGAUUCUGAAAUCAACUUUUGUUUCAUCA